UUCUUUUCGGCGAAAGAGAUUACAAGUUUCUUUGUUUUAUUUAUAAGAAAAACGCAACUUUUCUAUUGAAUAUUAUUGGAUUAUUUCAUACGCUAAGGAGAAAAAUAAGAAAGCUUCUCAUUCUCCUAUAAAUCAACCCUUCACGUCAAACUGCUCAGCUACACUAUACAUAUCAACCAAUGGGUCGUGUUACUACUCCACAAAGGGGGAAUCCAGAUGGCAGUUCACCAGUUCAGCAAACCGGUAUACCGGUCCAACAAACCGGAGUUCCCAUGAGCCAAUUCGCACCGCCGGGCUAUCAUCAAGCUAAUGUUAACAUAUCGGUUGGGACUCCAUGGAGGAGUGGUUUGUUUGAUUGUCAAGAAGACCAAACCAAUGCCGUGAUGACAGCAAUCUUACCAUGUGUGACAUUCGGACAAAUAGCUGAGGUGUUGGAUGAAGGAGAGAUGACUUGUCCACUUGGAAGUUUCAUAUACUUGUUGAUGAUGCCGGCUUUGUGCUCACAGUGGGUGAUGGGAUCAAAGUAUAGGGAAAAGAUGAGGAGAAGAUUUAAUCUUGUGGAAGCUCCAUAUUCAGAUUGUGCCACUCAUGUUUUAUGCUCUUGUUGCUCUCUUUGUCAAGAAUACAGAGAGCUCAAGGCUAGGAAUCUUGAUCCUUCUUUGGGUUGGAAUGGGAUACUUGCUCAAGGGCAAUAUGGGAGUGAAGCACCAGGUAAUGCACCACCAAAUCAAUAUAUGACUAAGUAAACAUUUACUCUUAGUUAAGCUCCAUAUUUGAUACACAUUAUUUGCGAGCAUUAUACAAUGCAAGUGUGUUAUAUGUUUUUUUUUUCUUUUUGAAACAAACAAGUGUGUUAUAUGUAUUAAUUAAAAUGAUUACAACGGUUUGUUCAAGUGUAUGGGUUUUGUUGUUGCUGUUUCUAUGUAACUAAAUUGGUUUGAAUUUUUUUUUUAUCAAUUGUUGAUUAUUGUAGAAAUGUUAUUAUUGAUGUACUAAAUUGGAUGUUGUUUUUGUCAA